UCGUUUCCGCCUCAAGACGUCUCCCUUCCCGUCAUGCCCUGACGAUGCAAACUACGACUUUCAUAAUCACCGAGUUCCCUGCCCCUCUUCGCUCCCACGGCUGCUUGCCGUCAACAUAACAGCCCGCAUUCAGGAUGCAGGCCGUGCCGAGUCUUGCGGGGACCGGCACUGCUACCGCUGCCGCCGCGGUUGGGUUGGUUUUUGGCCAACCUCCCGAACCCGAAGUGCCAUGGUCGAGCCCAGUCCAACACAGAUUCCCCGCCGACUACGAUGGCUUCCGAGCGCAAGCUGUCCCUCCCCGCCCCAGCACGAGUGCGGUUCCAAACUAUCACCCUUGCUCGUCACCAACCGAGGAAUUUCCCUACUCCUCCUUCCAUCAGCUCGCCGAUGAAUAUCCGAGUCCCCUUGCCUCCAACCCGACAAGCCCAUUAAGCCCAGUAAGCCCGACGAGUGCCCCCCGGCCGAUGACGGGUAAUUCGGCCAUGUUGCCAAGGUCCAGCAGCAGGAGGCACUCCUUCAUACGGCCAGGUGACUUGGCGUCCCAGCCCAUAUCAGAAAACAAGAGGGAUUCGGUUUCGUCAAGGGAUUUCUGGAUAAGGAGGCUGUCACUCCGGCCGCUGUCCCAGCAUGGGAGCCGAAGGUCCAGCGUGGGCCCGGAUUCCUCUUCCAUGGCCUUUUCCCACGGCUCUGGUGUUCCGAUCCUUGGCCAGCCACCGACCUCGCGUGCCUCUCCGAACAAGCUGGUCAAGAGAACAACAACCUCUGGGCAAAACGGCGCAGGAGGGGACGCAAGACGGCGUGGCUCUAUAUCACAGGUUCUGACGCUCCGCAGGCCAGCUACCAGCCAUCAACGGUCGGCCACGAUGCAGGAAUUUCAGCAUCAGGGUGCGCUUGCCGAGCCACUCUCGCGGGGGAUGAAGGUCCCACUCGACGGCUACAACCCUUCGCCCACUUCCAUGACGUUUGCGCCCACGCGGGAUAAUGCUGGACAAUCCGGAAGAUGGACCUCAUUCUUUCACGCUCGAAGGUCAAGUGUUUCGGGAGGGGAUAUUUCUGGGUUACCGCCCGGAAGUAGUCCUCUCCACAACCUCUUCCCCCGCAGGAGGUUAUCGUUGGCUCGGAGCCACGACUUUCGCGCCUACCUCACGAAACCGAGUCAUCUGGCUGAGGUUUCCGUAUCCACAGAUGAGGUCGAGGUCCCGCCUGAUCAGCUCACGAGCGGCAACAAGCAAGACAACAAGCAAGAUACCUCGCUGCCCGCGGCCGAUCUAGCCACGGCGGCUGAUUCAAUGGCUGACCGGCCCCCAAGAAGAUCUUUUUCAAUGCAUUUUAGCUCGGCUAGCAACUGGAUUGCGAGAACCGGAAACCCUCGGCGUCCGCGACGAAGUACUAUCGACGCGAAAUCCGGCGCAGGCAGCGACGUUCCGGACCCCGGAGCUGUGCCGCACGGCCAAGCUCAAACCCCGGUUCAACUGCGGCUCGGAGGAUCGCACGCGCCACCCAAGACGGAAGAAAACCCUCAUCAUAAACCAGAGCCCGAAUUGGGCUCAUCACAUCCCGUGCGGACGCGCAAGAGAAACUCAUCGUCUCCCUUACCACCUCUUAAUCACUUGCCUAACUUAAGCAUUGAUGUUACACGCGGUCCCACAAAGGCGCUCCAAAGCCCCAUCAAUUACCCUCACACUCCUUCUGUGACCACACACAGCCGAGGACCGUCCGGCGAGCGGUCGGUGACUCUUGCUGGCUCCGACGUUUCAGCCCGUGAUGGUACCUUUAGGGACGACGAGGACACUGACUUCAAGAGCGACGACAUGUAUGAUUCCUUCCGCACAGGGGCUUCUUCCAAUCGCAUGAGGUCCGUCGAGACGCCAGCGGAGUCCGUGUUCGAUGAGUCUCCACCUAGCACUGCCAACAACGGGAGGACAAAGAGGCUGUCGAUUCAGGAGAUGCUCGGCCGGUCUUGGGAUGGCGAAACCAAGAUCACGGAAGAGGACGAAGGCGUUGACGUGCCGACCAGGCCCGGGCAUCAAGCCGGCUCUUCCGAGUUUGACUCCCAGGGUACCAAGAACGGGUUUGGGUUUGAGUUUAGCGGGACACAUGGAUCGUCCCUGGCCGACCCGAGCCUUGAGCGUUUGUCCUUUGACGAUGACGACGAUGAUGACUGGGCACAAGACGACGAGAAUACCCUAAGCAACCACCUCUCACCGCCAAGCUCGACCAACUCACGGCGCGUCAGCCCUACGAUGAGAGAAGCCCUCAGAAACAUCAGUGGCAACGGCAGCCUAGACUGUCAGCGGGAUAGCAUGAGUGAUCGGCCGAGGAGCAACAUAUUCGAUUGGUCCGAGCCGUCGGUUCACGAUAAGCUUGACUCCGGCAUGCCGCGGCCGAAGACGGCUCAUGGGAAACAAGAGCCGGACCUGAGAGGGGGUCGGACCAUCAGCCGGAAACCGCCUGGCGCUGCCCACAUACGGAGCCAGAGCGUCCCCGUUGUCGUUCCCGAUCUCUCAGACGGCUCCAAGCAACUGCCGAAGUUUGGGACCUGGGGUUUGGGAACCAAGACUGCGAGUGAAGACUGGGAUGAUGACUUUGAGUUCGACGGGGACGAAUCCGCGAUAUGCUCUCCCGGGGGCAAAGACUCGGCUAUGAGUUUUUCGGUGGUGGUCCCUGCUUCCAUCCAGGCAACGCAGCCUAGCGUCCGAGCGCACUCUGGCCAGAUACGUGAACUAUCUUUACUGGUAAACGAUCUGAAACGCCUAUGCCGUCACGGUAAAGACCUCGAUAUUCUUCAAGGACCGUUGGCAUCAAAGUGGGCAGAUGCCGAGAGCAUCAUCGCCCUCGCGUCACCGGAUGAGGAGGAUGAGGAUCUGGACUCGACGAAGCCUUCGAUGGAUUUCGACCGAUCUAAGAUCGAUGAACAGUUCCUGGAAGACGGCUUUGACGGUUCUUUCCUCGACCACAUCGACAAGUCCUUCGGGUUUUCCGAGUCCGAGAUGUCAAAAACCGCGGUAAUACGAGAGCGGCAUAGCCCCAAACGGCGGUCCGUGUUUUCGCCAGAAGACGACAUUUUCGGCAACUGGCCAUUGAACGAACGUUCUGCCACCCCCAGCAGAUGCUCGAGUCCCAGCCGGAACUCUGCGGUUGUUUCGACCGUGAUUGAGGCAAUAAAGAAGCGGCAGCAGAAAAACGACCGGGUUAAGGGCCCAGGCCACAAUACCCCCGACACAAAACUCUUCUUCGACACCAACAGUCUCCAGGAACUGGUCAAGCGGGCCGGACAGCUGCGUGACACGCUCUCGGACGCUGUCCGUAAGGCGGAGCUGCUCACCCAGAGCCCUGCCGGAACUCCCCGGCGUGAACGGCACUCCCGUCACCAGAACCCUGAUGGCAGCCCCGCCUUUACAAGAGUCUUUGUGGAACCCGGCUCGAGCCCACCGAGACGCCUACCCAACAGCCGGAGUAACCCUUCGAUCCUGAGCAGGGCAUCGAUUGACUCGCCACGGAUGCAGAUGAUGACAGCUUCUUUAAUGGCGGAUGUGCAAUGCCUCAAGUAUUCGAACCGGGACUGUAUCUGUAGAACUACUUCCCUUCUGGUCUGAACGGACAUGGUUGCUUGCUUGCAUAGGCUUGCAUAGGAGUUUGUCAGGAGGAAGACACCAAAGGAGCACAGGGCGGGGUUAAAAGAUGGCGCGGCGUUGCUUUGUCUUGUGAAUUUUUUUCUGGUUGCCUUUCUGCAUGGCACGACAUGGCUCGGCGUGAUGUGGUAAUUGGGGGUAUGGCAUGUGGUAUGGUU